CGGGGCAGGUGUAUGUGUUGGGGAGGACAGAGAAGGACCCCAGGGAUUUGCUCCCCCAGUCCAAACCGUUGACUCUCUGGGUGCCUCAGGCGCAGCUGUGGAAACAGGCUUCCCCCGGACCGCGGAGAAGCCACCCCUCUCUCCAAAGCGCGCAUCUCCCCCAUCCCCCUCGGCGCGCUUCCGCCGGCCGCGCUCCCGGGUCGGGAUCGAGCGCGCGCCCCCGGCUCUCCCGCCCGCGGCCGAGGGGCGGGACCGGCUCGGCUCCCCAGGCGCCGCAGCCGGCAGCCCCCUCCCCUCGCCUCCUCGCCGCUGGCGGCCACCGCGUCGCUCCGGCCCGGGCCCCACCCCAGGCGACUCUGCGAGGAGCGGCCGGAGACCGGAGGCGGAGGUGCAAGAUGGACAACAAGAGAGACAAGGCGAAGGCAGGGGCCGCCGCGCGGACGCCGACUGCUCGCCCUCCUGGACUUCUGACCCCCAGGCCCCCAGGCUCUCCUCGACCCCCUCCCCCAGUAACUCCGGCAGCCCUCCGAGUUCUGGGAGCUGCGGGAGCAGUGGGGCGAAAGCCUCUGGCAGAGCGAGCGGGGGGCAUCGGCGGGGCCACUCUUCCCGAGUCUGCUCCCCGAGCGGGACCAACGCGGAGUGCUGGGACAAGUUCCCGAAACCCAGCCUCCAGGCCCCCAGCCUCUGGGAGAGGGGAGAGAGCUCCUCCUGCCAAGAACACCAGCCCAGGCCCUGUUUCUAGCCCAGGGCGUGCCAGCGGGACCACCAGGCCAGGCCCUCUUGGUCAGAAGGGACUCCGGAUCCCAGCGGAGGAAACUGUGGCCAGAGAAAAAGCUACAGAGGCUCCCAAAAGGAGUGCCCUCAGCGCUGGGGCACGGAGAGACACUUCCGGGCCUACCCCAGGAACCCCCUCCCCGGCCAUGGCCCGUCGGUCCCGGGCUGCGGGCACCGAGGUGGGGCUCCCCCGGCCAGCUCCGAGUGCCCGGCCACGGCCCCCGACAGAGGGCCCCCGGAAAUCAGUGAGCAGCACCUUGGAGCACAGUAUCACCGAGCCAAGCCCGGCUGCCAGGAGGCGGCCCAGCGCUGGUGGGGGUCUCCAGAGGCCGGCCUCGCGCUCCCUGAACUCCAGCGCCACCCCUCUCUCCUCCCCAGCCCGUUCUGGGCCCUCAGCCCGCGGAACACCCAGGGCUCCUGCGCAUUCCUCGCAGCCCAAGCCGAAAGGACUGCAGGCUCUGCGCCCCCCUCAGGUCACACCCUCAAGGAAGGACGCAGCCCCAGCACUAGGCCCGCUUUCUUCCUCUCCUUUGGCCACACCCUCUCCAUCGGGUACCAAGGCAAGACCCGUACCGCCUCCCGACAACGCAGCCACUCCCCUGCCAGCCACGCUCCCUCCCUCUCCACCGGUAACGCCCCCUCCGCCAGCCGCUCUCCAAAGUCAGGCCCCGCCCACCCUGCCGGCCACGUCCCACUCGAGGCUUACCUGUCAGUUGGCCACGCCCCUUCCUCUAGCCCCUCCUUCCCCCUCUGCUCCACCCUCUCUGCAGACCCUCCCCUCUCCACCAGCCACGCCCCCCUCGCAAGCUCCACCCACACAGCUGAUUAUAUCCUUUCCAGAAGCAGGCGUCUCUUCCCUGGCCACAGCCGCUUUUGUGGCUUCAGUCUCUCCAUCAGUUUCAUCCCCUCUGCAGAGUAUGCCCCCGACCCAAGCUAAUCCAGCGUUGCCCUCUCUUCCGACUCUCCUCUCUCCCUUGGCCACACCUCCUCUGUCAGCCACGUCUCCUCUACAAGGCCCUGUUUUUCCGGCAACAUCUCUGGAGAAUCCGGCUUCUCCCCUCGGCACACUCCCUCAGCCAGGACUUUCUGCCCUGACCACGCCCCCUCCGCAGGCCUGUCCUUCCCCGUCUCUGCCCUCUCCCCAGGCCACGCCCCACACUCUGGCCACUCUUCCUCUGCAGGACUCUCCUCUUCUGGCCACAUUGCCUCUGCAGGCCUCUCCCUCUCCUUUGACCACAGUCUCUCUGCAGGAUCCUCCUCUAGUUUCUCCCCUUUUGGCCUCACCGCCUCUGCAGGCUCCGCCCCACCCACAGGCCCCACCUUCUAUGACUACGCCCCCUAUGCAGGCCCCGCCCUCUCCCCAGACCAUUCCCCCAAUACAGGUCCAACAUUCUCUGACCUCACCGUCUCUGCAGGCACCUCCCUCUCCUCUGGCUUUGUCCUCUCUGCAGGCCACAACUUCUUUGGGCUCACCCACUCUGCAGGCCACACAUUCUUUCCUGACAAUGUCCCCUCGGCAAACCCAAGCUUCUUUGACCUCACCUUCUCGGCCGGCCUCUACUCCCCCUGAUUCACCCCCUCUGCAGGCCCCUCUUUCCCUUCCUGCCUCACCCCCUCUGCAGACUUCUCUCUCUCCUGCUGUCUCACCCCUAAACUCACCCCUGACCAUACCCCCUCUGCAGGCGCUAUCUUCUCUGGCCUCCGACUCUCCUCAGGCACCUCCCUCUUCCCUGACCAUGCCCCCUCCGGAGACCCAAUCUUCCCUGACCAUGCCCCCUCUGGAGACCCAAUCUUCCCUAACCCUGCCCUCUCUGCAGACACCUCCUGCUUCCCUGACCACACCCCCUCUGGAGAACCUACCUUCUCUAGCCCCGCCCUCUCUGCAGACAGCUUCUGCUCCCCUGACCACACCCUACCUGGAGACUCCACCUUGUCCAGCCCCACACCCUCUGCAAGCACCACCUUCGCCAUUGACCACGCCCCCUCCAGAGACUCCCUCUUCCAUAGCCACGCCUCCUCCACAGGCCCCACCUGCUCUGGCCUCACCCUCUUUGCAGGGCAUGCCCUCUCCCCCUCUGUCUCCUUUGGCCACGCCCCCUCCACAGGCCCCACCUGCCCUGGCCUUGCCUCCUCUGCAGGCCCUUCCCUCUCCCCCUGCCUCACCCCCUUUGUCUCCCUUGGCCACACCCUCUCCACAGGCCCCAAAUGCUCUGGCAGCGCACCUUCGGCAGGCCCCUUUCUCUCCCCCUCCCUCACCCCCAGUGCAGGCCCCUUUCUCUCCCCCUGCCUCACCCACAGUGUCUCCUUCGGCCACGCCCCCUCCACAGGCCCCACCCUCUCUAGCCGCACCUCCUCUGCAGGUCCCACCCUCUCCCCCUGCCUCUCCCCCAAUGUCUCCUUCGGCCACGCCCCCUCCACAGGCCCCACCACCUCUAGCUACACCUCCUCUGCAGGUCCCACCCUCUCCCCCGGCCUCUCCCACAAUGUCUCCUUCGGCCACGCCCCCUCCACAGGCCCCACCCCCUCUUUCCGCUCCUCCUCUGCAGGUCCUGCCCUCUCCCCUUGCCUCACUCCCAAUGUCUCCUUUGGCCAAGCCCCCUCCACAGGCCCCACCCGCUCUGGCCACACCUCCUCUGCAGGCCCCUCCUUCUCCGUCUGCCUCACUCCCUGGGCAGGCCCGUUUCUCACCCUCUGCCUCACCCACAAUGUCUCCUUUGGCCACGCCUCCUCCACAGGCCCCACCUGUUCUGGCAGCGCCCCUUCUGCAGGUCCCUCCCUCUCCCCCUGCCUCACCCACCCUACAGGCCCCACGCCGCCCCCCGACCCCGGGUCCGGAUACCUCCGUCUCGGGCCCACGGCUGACCCUGGCGUUGGCCCCCGGCCCGCCGCCGCCGCCCUCGCGCAGCCCGUCCAGCACGCUGAGCGGCCCGGACCUGGCCGGCCACAGCAGCAGCGCCACGAGCACGCCAGAGGAGCUGCGUGGCUACGACAGCGGGCCGGAGGGCGGCGCCGCAGCCUCCCCGCCCCCCGACGCAGAGCUCGCCGCCUGCCACCCCGCUGCCUGGAGUCGAGGCCCAGCUCCGCCGCUGGCUUUCCGCGGAGCCCCAGGUGCGCAGCUGCCGUGGCCUCCUGCUGCCGGACCGGGCUCUGCUGACGGUCUGUGCACCAUCUACGAGACUGAAGGGCCCGAGUCCGCGACCCCCGCCCCAGGCGCACUGGAUCCGGAGCCCAGUCCCGGCGCAAGCGGUGGGAAGGCGGCGGCUGGGGCCGGGGCGGGGACGUCCUCGCGGAGCCCGAAGCAGGCGCGCCUGGGCGAGCUGCCACUGGGGGCGCUGCAGGCGAGCGUCGUGCAGCACCUGCUGAGCCGGACGCUGCUGCUGGCGGCUGCCGAGGGUGCCGCGGGCGGCAGCGCCGGGGGCUCAGGAGGCGCGGGGGGUGGUGGCGUCACGGGGGGCGCCCGGGCUGCGCUCAGCGACGCCGAACUCGGCCGCUGGGCCGAACUACUGUCUCCCCUGGACGAGUCCCGUGCCAGCAUCACCUCUGUCACCAGCUUCUCUCCGGACGACGUGGCCUCCCCGCAGGGUGACUGGACCGUGGUGGAGGUGGAGACCUUCCACUGAGCCAGACCACAGCCCCGCCUACUACACCCCACCCCUGCCUUAGGAUCCGCUCCUCCGGGUACGCCUGUUUGUUUUAGACCCCGUCUCCACUGCCCAGGAGCCCCGCUGGGUGGAUUAGUCUUAGCUCCCUAGAGCCUGAGCCUUUCGGCCCAGGCUCCACCCCUGCCUUCGGCCCCGGAGGCUCGGGACCUACCCACAGCUUUGACCUAGGCCCGCCCCUCCAACUCCGCCCCUUUGGCCUAGGACACGCCCCGUUUCCCCGAACCCCGCCCCGUGUCCAGUGUAUUGCCCACCCCGAACAGCCUGAGUUUGCAAUAAAACUGGGACACUGGGGCUUUCA